CACAAGUAUUUAAUAGAGAUUGAUGGAAGCAGAAACCAAAACUCUUCCCCUGGAGAACGCAUCCAUCCUUUCAGAAGGCUAUCUACAGGAGGGGCACCGAUUAUGGAUUGGCAGUCUGGAUCCCAAAAUCACAGAAUACCACCUCCUCAAGCUUCUCCAGAAGUUUGACAAAGAAGCAAAACAGGGCAUUCAGUGUCUCAAUGGCAAACUGGCUCUGUCCAAGAAGCUGGUGGUGCAAUGGGCACAUGCUCUAGUAAAGAGAUAUGACCAUAACAAGAAUAAGAUCCUUCCAAUCAGUCUCCAGCUAUCCUCAAGCACGGAGCCUACUCAGUCUAACCUAAGUGUCACUGCAAAGAUUAAAGCAAAGCUGAAAAUGAUGGCAGAAAAUCCCGAUGCUAAGUAUCCCGCAGACCUGUUUAUUCCUACUUUAAGCCACCAGAUAAAAAAAAAGAACUACUCCAUAUUCUAG